AUGAUUGAAUUGACAGCUUAUACAAAUCAAAGUUCGAGCCAGAGUCCACCAUUAAAAAACCAAUUUAUUUCUACCCAAACUGUCUUCGAUCCAUUGAGAAGGUUACCAAUCAUUCACAAUGUUAAUGUAACCAAAAUUUUGUUAGUAACAUAUUUUCGUGGCGGUUCAACAUUUUUAGGUGAUUUAUUACAACAAAAUUGGAACUCAUUUUAUCAUUUUGAACCACUUCAUUACAUGACAGUUGGUAUUCGCAUCGAAAAUGAAAGAACUGAAGAAGCAUUUCGACUAAUUAAGCAUCUUUUUAAAUGUGAUUUUAUCAAUGUUCCAAACUACAUCAAGUGGGUAUCGAUCGAUGUACAUCAACAUUUAUUUGAAUUUAACAAAUUUCUGCAGAAUACUUGUUACUUUCGUCCAGCAAGUUGUUUUGAUUCAUUGUUUAUUGAACAAGUUUGCCUUCGGUCACCGAUUCAAAUAAUGAAAGUGGCUCGAUUAUCCAUGAGACAUAUUGAAAAAUUAGCCGUAAAUGAUCUCAAUCUAAAAGUUGUUUAUCUUGUUCGUGAUCCAAGAGGAAUCUACAGUUCAAGAAAACUAAUGGACUGUCAAAUAUGA